AUGACAUUGGUCCACAUUGUUCUCUUCAAGUUCCGCCCCGAGGUCACGGAGGAACACAAGCAAAAGUUCAUCACGGAGUUGAAGAAACUGAAGAGCCUACCUUGUGUGAAGGGGGGCCGGCUGCUGGUCGGAGGGCCCAGUGUGACCGACCCCAUCGAGCGCAGCAAGGGCUUCCAGAUCUCGUUGGUUAGCUUCCAUGAGAACCUGGCGGCAUUGACAGAAUACCAGGCAAGUCCGGAACAUCACCAUGUCACAUCAACGUACAUGUUCCCCUACAAGGAAGACCUGAUACGGUUCGAUUUCGAGGUGGAUGCGGAGGAUGAUGAAUAUAUGUGUGGUUUCCCGUUGGUGCUGUAGAGAUGUGAUGCGUCAUUUUCC